AUGGCGCCCAAGAACAAAGGCGAAAACACCAAGAAAGCCGCGGGCAACGCGCGAAAAGCCGAAGCCGCGGCCUCCAAACAAGCACAAGCGGAUCGUGCCAACGAAGAGCGAGAAUCCGAGAAAUGGAACCAAGGCGCCAAAGAUUCCUCGAAAAAGCAAGCCGCCGCAGCGAAAGCGGCCGAACAGGCUGCGAAAAAGGCCGAGCGGGACGCCCUGUUGGCCGAGGAGGAGAAGAAUCAACCCAGCAAACCCAAGGGGGCGGGCAAGAAGACGGCCGAGAAGAAGAAUGUGGGACGGCCACUAGAUCUGGGACAGCUCGACGAUGGACCAUCGGGCGCGGAGGGAAAGAUGAAGGCUAUCAGCGCCUCCGGGAUUGAUAACGCCCUGGACGCGCUGAGUCUGACGACAGGAUCUGCGAACGACAUGAAACUGGAUCGUCAUCCGGAGAGGAGAUAUGCAGCGGCGUACAAAGCGUACGAGGAGAGACGAUUACCCGAGGUGAAGAUAGAGAAUCCAGGACUGAGGAGGAACCAACAGAUCGAAUUGAUCAGGAAGGAGUUUGAGAGGUCGGAAGAGAAUCCAUUCAACCAGCAAGGCAACGUCCGGUACGAUGCCUCCAAAGAAGAGUUGGCCGACGCGAGGAGACAGCACAGAGAGGGCAUCGAGAAGAGGCUCGGGGAGAAAUGA